AUGACACCUCAGCACACGUUUAAAUUGAACGGCUUUUGUGGGUGCUCGUCUCCUGUUACCUCCUUCCACCCGCGGAGGUCUUUACUCCACCUGACAAGUAACCUUUUUUGUGUUUUCAUCUUAAAUAGCGUGGGACAAACGGCAAGCAUUCUCCUCCAAAUAAAUCCUAUUGAAGUUGAAAGUCUGAACGAUGGAAUCAACUUCUUCAGGAAUAAGGAAACAGGAAAGAACUUUAUUGUAUUUAAAGAUGGUGAAGUAUUGAGAGCGUGUAAAAAUGUAUGUAAACAUCAAGGUGGAACCUUCAUUAGAGACAUUGAAGACCUCGAUAGCAGAACUGUUCGCUGUACCAAACACAACUGGAAGCUGGAUGUUAGCACCAUGAAAUACGUCAACCCUCCGGAUAGUUUCUGCCAAGAUGAGCUAGUCAUUGAAAAGGGUGAAGACGAUGGCAUAUCACUUGUUGAAUUAAAUCCACCAAAUCCCUGGGAUACUGACCCUCAAAUUCCAAAGGAUUUAGAAAUUGGAGAACUUCAGAUUACCUAUCUCACUCAUGCCUGCAUGGAGUUGAAGCUUGGUGAAACCUACAUGGUUUUUGACCCCUGGCUGACCGGUCCAGCCUUUGCUCGAGGAUGGUGGCUGCUUCAUGAGCCUCCUUCUGAUUGGUUGGAGAGAUUGUGCAGGGCAGAUUUAAUUUAUAUAAGUCACAUGCAUUCUGAUCAUCUAAGUUAUCCAACAUUGAAGAAGCUUUCUGAAAGAAGACCAGAUGUUCCAAUAUUUGUGGGCAAAACUGAACGCCCAGUCUUUUGGUACAUGGAAAAGAGUGGCAUUAAUCUAACAAAUGUCAAUGCUGUUCCUUUUGGAAUAUGGCAGCAGGUCAAUGAACAUCUCCGCUUUAUGAUUCUGAUGGAUGGUAUUCACCCUGAAAUAGAUACAUGCAUCAUAGUAGAAUAUAAAGGUCAUAAAAUACUUAAUACAGUAGACUGUACUAGGCCAAAUGGGGGAAAACUUCCCACAGAUGUUGCUGUAAUGAUGAGUGACUUUGCUGGAGGUGCAUCAGGAUUUCCAAUGACAUUCAGUGGCGGAAAGUUUACAGAGGAAUGGAAGUCACAGUUCAUCAAAGCAGAAAGAAAGAAACUGCUAAACUACAAAACUCAGCUGGUAAAGGAUUUGAACCCUCGUAUCUUCUGCCCGUUUGCUGGUUACUUUGUUGAGGCCCACCCAUCAGAUAAAUACAUUAAGGAAACCAACUUAAAGAAUGAUGCUGCAACACUAAAUCAACUUAUUAAUAAAGUAUCAAAUGUGAUUACAUGGACCCCGAAGCCAGGAGACAUACUGGAUGUGGGGAGGUUACUGAAAGACCCAGCUGAUAGAGACGGAAUUGUUCAAAUGCCUCCAGGAACAAAAAUCUUUAAACAGUCUUGGGACUUUGAUACAUACCUAGAUGCCAUGUCCAUUUCAUCUAGAGAUGAGAUCUUCAGCUACCCAUCAUGGGUUAUAGAAUAUUUCACCUGGGCUGGAUUUAAAGGCUAUAAUCUUGUAGUCAGGAUGAUUGAAACUGAUGAUGAUUUUAAUGAUCUAUCAAGAGGAUAUACCUACUUGGUAGAUUUCUCUGACUUAUCUUUCCCUGCUGUAAGACCAAGUCGUGACCAUGCAUAUGAAGAGAUACGAACUCGAGCUACGGUCAUGAGACAUGUAGUAAAGAAUGGACUUCUAUGGGAUGAUUUGUAUAUCGGAUUCCAAACUCGUAUUCAACGGGACCCAGACAUCUACCACCAUCAAUUUUGGAACCAUUUUCAGAUCAAACUGCCGUUGUCACCACCGGACUGGGACGCAUUUUUGAUGAGAGAGAAACAAAAUAGUAAUAAUUCACAGAGCUGCAACAUGAUGUGA